AUGGACAGGUUCAUGUUCGCCGUCCUCGGCCUUUUAGCCGUCCUGUGUCUGCUGGGCUACAGCUUUCGCAAAAGCAAAGCGCUCCUCAAGUCGGGCCUCCUCCUCAGCCUCAUUAGUCUUGUGGCUGUCGGUGGGCCUCUCGAUGACAGCGGCCGAUUUCUGUGGAACUGCAUGCAGAAAGACCCCACUACCGGCUCUCGCUAUGAGCCGCAAGGCUGCCAGGAAGAGACUUACGACAAUUAUGCCCUCAUUUUUACGGGCAGCUUCACCUUUGCCCUCUUCCACACUUUGGCUACCUACUUUGCUACCAUGGCCCCGAUGCAUUCGCGCUUCACCUUCAAGGACGACGAUUCGCUCAGCGACCGCUUCGAGCCCAACACUGCGCAAUAA